CAUGCACUCUCCUCAAGUCCUCAGUAUCAUAUUCAUCACCCUCCCUUUUUUCUCUCUCUGCCAUUUGAUUCCGAACUAACUUUCAUAAUCCCUCUUCAGAUAACACCUAAUCCUAAGUAAAUCCCAUUUUAUCCACGCUUAAUUCCAAAUUCUUCAAACAAAGAUCACUUCUUUUUCCAAUAUAAGCACAAAAAGUGAUCUUUUUGUGUUCUCUUGCUCUGGUUUUAUAGUAUUUUUGGAUCACUUUGAUUUUUUUUCUUGUCAAAAAUUGAUCUUUUUGGUACUUUCUUGAUUUGGGUCUUUAGUAUUUUUGAUUGAAAAGCAAAAAAAAAAAAUGGUUGUGAAAAUGAUGAAGUGGAGGCCAUGGCCACCACUAUCAUCCAAGAAAAUUGAGGCUAAGAUUAUUGUUAAUUGUCUUAAAGGUUUCAACUUUAUGUCAAAUGAGCAAAUGGGGUUCCAAGAUUUUGAAAAAUUAAGAGUUGAAAUUAAGUGGAAAGGCUCAAAGGGUAGUUCUUUGAAUUUGAGCUCUCUUACAAGGAGGGGUAGUGUAAAGAAGAAUUUUACAAAGGAAGAGUCUUUAAAGGAAAAUGGUGGUGUUGAAUGGAAUGAGGAGUUUCAGAGUGUUUGUAACUUUUCAGCUAAUAAAGAUGGUGUGUUUCAUCCUUGGGAGGUUGCUUUUACUGUGUUCAAUGGUACAAGCAGAGAACCAGAUCAAAAGGUAACCAUACUUGCUGCGGCGUCAUUGAACCUUGCAGACUUUGCUUCAGUAGCUGGGGAUAAAGAAGACGGCAUUGAAAUUGCAAUUCCUUUGGAAGCCUCUAUUGGCAGCUUCAAAAGUUUCCUUUCACUCUGUCUAUCUCUCAGCCUUGUGGAAUUGAGGAACGGUUACGAAGCUUCAGAGACCAUUCCGAAGUUUAUCAUGUCUGCUCCAGUAUCUCCAAACCCUGGAGAGGUUUUGUUGACAGACAGAAAUGAGGUUUCUGCUUUAAAAGCAGGUCUGCGGAAAGUUAAAUUUUUCAAGGGAUUAUCAGUUAGGCGACACAAGAAGGCAUGUCAUGAAGAGGAAGGGAGUGAUGGAAGGAACUCAGUCAGAAGUGAGGACCCCGAUUAUGUCUACCUACUCGACACGGAUUCACUUGAUGAUUCAGAAGAAGGAGAAUCAGAGGAAGGAAAUGAGGAUACAAGUGUGCGGAAGUCAUUCAGUUAUGAAACACUUGCCUAUGCAAACCAUGCUAGUGGAUCAUUUUACUCAAACACAAGCAGCAGCGAAGACGAGGAUUUCAUCCAUCGUAACAAUCAUAUUUCAGAUGCAGGGCACGGGUACCCUGCGGAUACAACUGCAGCACUACAAAAUCAAACUGCUGAGCAGAGUUCAAAACGCAGAAUUCUCCCCUGGAGGAAGAGGAAGUUGAGUUUCAGAUCUCCUAAAACCAAGGGAGAGCCGUUGCUGAAGAAACAUUAUGGAGAGGAUGGUGGGGACGAUAUAGACUUUGAUCGCAGACAGCUUUGCCCAUCUGAUGAGUCUUCUUCAGGGUGGUGCAAAUCCGAGAAAGGUUCUGCAAAUCAAUUUUCAGUCUCCGAAUUUGGAGACGACAGUUUUGCUGUGGGUAGUUGGGAGCAGAAAGAGAUAAUAAGCCGAGAUGGACAAAUGAAGCUGCAGACUCAGAUCUUCUUUGCUUCGAUUGAUCAACGAAGUGAACGAGCUGAAGGUGAAAGUGCUUGUACAGCGUUGGUUGCUGUGAUUGCUGAUUGGUUCCACUCCAAUCCUAAAGAUAUGCCGAUCAAGUCCCAACUUGAUUGUCUUAUCCGUGAAGGUUCACUGCAGUGGAGAGAUCUUUGUGAAAAAGAGACCUACAAGGAACGUUUCCCAGAUAAGCAUUUUGACCUCGAGACAGUCCUCCAGGAUAAAGUGCGUCCACUCUCAGUAGUCUCAGAAAAAUCAUUCGUUGGGUUCUUUCAUCCAGAAGGAACCGAAGAAGAGGAGGAAUUUGACUUUCUUCACGGUGCCAUGUCUUUUGACAACAUUUGGGAUGAGAUUUCUAAAUCUGCUCAAGAAACUCCUUCUCAUGGAGAGUCCUUUGUUUACAUUGUGAGUUGGAAUGACCACUUCUUUAUCCUAAAGGUUGAAAAAGACGCAUACUAUAUCAUUGACACACUUGGCGAGAGGCUUUUUGAGUGUUGUAAUCAGGCUUAUAUCCUCAAAUUCGACAAAGACACAACAAUUUCUCAAGUACCUAGUGAGACUCAACAAUCAGAUGAUAAACCAUCUAGCAAUAAAAAGGAGCAAAGUGAUAUGAAAGAAGCUGCCAAUGAGGGCAAAAUGGUCAUUAGCACCAAUGGCACCGACGGAUUGCAAGAAGAAUCAACCAUCGUCAACAGGGACAUGGUACCUGAAAACAAAGAAGAAUCCAGCAUUGUUUACAGAGGUAAAGAAUCAUGUAAAGAGUACAUAAAGAGUUUUUUGGCGGCAAUCCCUAUUAGGGAGUUACAAGUUAAUGUGAAGAAGGGAUUGAUGGCAUCUACGCCCCUUCAUCAGCGGCUACAAGUUGAAUUCCAUUAUACAAUGAGCUUUGACCAUAAGUUUGAGUCUUCUUCAGAAGAACUGACUGCUAACAGUUUGGCCAUACUACCAUCAGCAGCAGAGUAAGCGACGAGACGACUAAUAAAGCCUUACAAGUAAUAUUACAUAAUGCUAAUCCCUUUUGUUUUCUACAUAUCAUUAGGAAUUUUGAAAAGCUAAUUGUUGUUAUAGUGUUCCCUAGAGGGUGUCUGUCGUUGUUUAUCUUUUUUCUUCCUAUGCAUGGGAACGAUAAUGUGAAUAACUAUGAAACUGCUCAAGAGUACGCCUUUCUGUUCUGUCGAGGAGGGAAAGUUGGCAUAAAUGAAUAUAUGAAUUCCAUACU